CUUUUAUUUUUUUUACUUGAAACUCUGGAAAUCAAAUAAUUUGCAGACUCUUGUGAACACUGAAGGCUGGAUUGAUCCCCUUGUUGAUGGAAAUGCCACAAAAUCCGAGGGGAGAAAACACCUUUAUUUCAACCCAGUCAUUUGUCUUUUCCAGCGUACCCACUCCAGUUGAGAAUGGAUUUGACAUCGACUCUCUGGGCACCAAAGAGUUAUGCCACACACCCUUGAGCAAUGGCACUGUACUUUCAAAUGCUAACAGUCCUUUAGAUUCCUGCACACAGCCCCUCUGCAAUGCCACAUCUGGCAAAUCCAGCCCCUGUAGUGAAGAAGUCAAAUAUGUGUCUGCAGAGGGAGAAAACAUUGCCUGUGGCUGGGGGGCUUUCACUCCUGAUUGUUUACAGUUUUUUAAUACACCCAAAGGAAUACUCUUUUUCCUCUGCAUGGCCUCCUUUCUUCAGGGGAUGACAGUGAACGGUUUCAUCAAUACCGUCAUCACCUCCAUCGAACGACGAUAUGAUCUCCACAGUUAUCAGAGCGGGCUUAUUGCCAGUUCGUAUGACAUAGCAGCUUGUGUCUGUCUGACCUUUGUCAGCUACUUUGGAGGCACUGGACACAAACCUAGGUGGCUUGGGUGGGGGGUGUUGGUAAUGGGGCUUGGCUCCCUUGUCUUUGCUUUGCCUCAGUUUACCACUGGUCAUUAUGAAGUGAACUUCUCAGAAGAGUUUGGAACAUGUGGCUCAAAUCAAAAUACAUCCUGUACAGAAAGGACCUCAAGCCUCUCCAACUACAGGUUUGUCUUCAUGCUUGGGCAGUUCCUUCAUGGGAUUGGUGCAACACCACUGUACACUCUGGGAGUGACCUAUCUCGAUGAAAAUGUCAAGUCAAACUACUCUCCAGUCUAUAUUGCAAUUUUCUAUACAGCUGCAAUUCUUGGCCCUGCAGCAGGUUACCUGAUUGGAGGAGCGCUGCUGAACAUUUACACUGAAAUUGGCAAACCGACUGAACUAACUACAGAAAACCCUUUGUGGGUUGGGGCCUGGUGGAUUGGGUUCCUGGGUGCUGGAGCAUCUGCCUUCCUCAUUUCCAUCCCCAUCCUUGGCUACCCUCGUCAAUUGCCAGGAUCUCAGCGAUAUGUGGUAAUGAGGGUGUCUGAAACUCAUCAGUUAAAAGAUGGGAGCCAUAAGACGGCAUCUGAUCCAGACUUUGGGAAAACAGUCAAAGAUCUGCCUCUCUCAAUCUGGCUGCUGCUGCAGAACCCUACAUUCAUCCUGCUCUGCUUAGCUGGGGCAACGGAGGCCACCCUCAUUGCUGGCAUGUCGACUUUUGGACCCAAGUUCCUCGAAUCACAGUUCAGUAUAAGUGCUUCUGAAGCUGCUACCUUAUUCGGCUACCUGGUGGUGCCAGCAGGGGGAGGAGGUACAUUCCUCGGUGGAUUCUUCGUGAAUAAAUUUAAGCUCCGCUGCUCAGGGAUUAUCAAGUUCUGCCUCUUUUGCACAUUGAUAAGCCUGUUAGCCAUCUGCAUAUUUUUCGUGUACUGUCCGAACAUGCCUGUGGCUGGCGUGACUCUUAAGUAUAAUGGGAGCAUGUUGCCAGAAGGCAGUCUACAGCUGUUGGCUUCUUGCAAUGAGAAAUGUGGGUGUCUGAGGGAGAUCUACAGUCCAGUGUGUGGUACAGACAACGUGAUGUACUACUCUCCCUGCCAUGCUGGGUGCUCCACAGUGUCCACAAUUCCAGAAGGAGGCAAGAAGGUUUACCGUGACUGUAGCUGUAUUCCUCAGCAUUUCCCUUCUCGUUUGGGUCAUGCUACAGCAGGGAAAUGCACUUCAUCUUGUCAGAGAAAGUCCCUUCUUCUGGUUUUCGUAUUCGUUGUAAUUUUAUUUACAUUCCUAAGCAGCAUUCCUGCUUUAACUGCAACUUUACGGUGUGUCUCUGACCGGCAGAGAUCCUUUGCACUAGGAAUUCAAUGGAUUGUAGUACGCACUCUAGGUGGAAUUCCAGGCCCAAUUGCCUUUGGCUGGGUGAUUGAUAAAGCUUGCUUACUCUGGCAGGACCAAUGUGGAGAUCAGGGAUCCUGCUAUAUUUAUCAGAACUCUGCCAUGAGCCACUACACCCUCAUUGCUGGAAUUGUUUACAAGGUGCUUGGGAUCAUUUUCUUUGGCUCAGCCUAUUUGCUGUAUAAGCCACCAAGAGGCUCCCCAGACUCCCCAGCAGCAUCUCCUCCCAGCAGUUCAAGUGCUUCUGAAAACACCACUGACCUCCAAGAGCAUGGCUCUGUCCUACAAACCCAGAACAGCGUUUAAACGUCACACUGUGUCUGUCCAUAUCAGCCUCAUUUCCCCAUGGAUUGCUGAAAUUCCCAUUUAAUUUCAUCACUUACAUCUGUACCCAGUCGCUUGAGUUUUUCUCAGAAGGGCUAACUAAGCACUUAUUUGUUCUUCUUAACAGAACCGAUAUAUUCCAAUCCAUCUUUACCCUUUAAAAAGCACAUAUUGAACUCUCAUGUUUGAGAGUAACAGAAAGACUUUGUAUUAUUGAGACAAACUGAUGGGUUAAGUUUUGAUUUCCUCAGUGAAGAAAAGUAAACUUGUUCUAGUCACAUGUAAACAUGAAGGGAGAAAGAAGGGAAGAAUGAGGCCAGGCCUGGACAUAGGAAAAAAGCAUGGAGUUCCUCUGUUCUAACGCUGCCUCGUCAUAAGAAAAGGUAGUAGUGGGAAGAAGAGAUUAAACAGAGGAGACAGACAGGAAACAACCUCCUAGACUUCACAGGAAGGCAGGAGGGGCCUGUCUGAAUCCACCACCACCAUCACCAUGCGCAACUUCAGAGUUCUAUUCAGUUUGUGUCAUAGAUGGAUUCCUAUUUGACCUUGGGAGCUGAAGGCUCAGCCAAGUCAGCACAAGGAAUGUCAGACCCGACCUUGUUCUUCCUUAUGUUCUGUCACUGCCAAAGCCUCUGAUCUUGUACCCUUUCCUAAGGUCCUUUGGUUCCUCAACUGUGGUUUCUAUUUUGGUGUACUUUCAUUUAAACAGGUGGUCUUGGAAGACAUCUAAAGAUCCACUUGAAUGCUUUGAAAGCUUUUUUUUUAAAUAGAGACAAAAAAAGGAUCUAUGCAAUUUUAGAUUAGCUUUUAAAAAAUAUCAAAUGACUGAGUUUGUUUGAGAGUAUGUGUGAAUUUUGGAAUUUGCUCUUAGAGUAUUUUUUUUAGAGGGGCACAAUUAGUUUGGUAGUUUCCUCAUAGGCUCCCUGAUAUGUAGGCUUUUAAAAAAAUUGUGCUGUAUUUUUUAUUGAAUCUUGUUGGUGAAUGUAUAAAAUUAUUAUUCUUUCUUGGAGAAAACUACUGAUGAGCUGUCUAGUAAGAAGAUAAAGCCAACCCUGCCCCACCCCCUCAGACUUGCACACAAGCACAAUUUAUAUUUAUUUAUGAAGAUAUUGCCCAACAUGACUUCAAUCCUAAGUGUGACAAAGGAAAUUUUUCUAUCUACAAAUAGACCCUCUGGAGGCCCUUUUAAAAAUCAGUUCAUUGAAUCAAGUAAGGUCCAUCAUGGCCUCGGUCAUGUUAAUAGAUUUCCUGCCCUUUGAUUUUAUGUGUAUGUGUUCAGGCAAAGAAAGGCGUAAAAGCAGUUAAACUACAGUACCAUAAAAAUGGUUUUCCUUUGUGUAUACCUUUUUGCUUUUUGCUGACCAUUACAAUGUAGAAGAACUGCUCUGUAACCACAUUGCCUCCACUCAGGCACUCACUGGGGCUUUCCUUGACCGUUUGAAGUCUGCAGUGAUUGCUUGACUUGGACCUUUGGGGAGGAGCUUUUGAGAAGGGGGCCAUUCACAUAGAUAAAAUGCGACAUGGUUUAAGUAAAUAUUUAUGAUGCUGCAGCUUUUAGGCCUGACAACUAGUGUGUAGAAAGUGUGAUUAAACUGGAUACUCAGAUGUGAAGCUCAUGGUAUGUGCUGGUAUGAAAUCAGGAGCUUUAAACUUCAUUAAAAGUUUGUGUGCAUUUACCAUGUCCGAGGUAAAAUUGUAUAUAUGUACAUGUACUAUAUUUUUAAUAUUUAAAAGAUUUCCAUGCCCUCCAUAACAAAGUCCUAUAUUUCUAUGAAUUCAGAAUUGACUAGUUUUUUUUUAACAAGGUCUUUGUAUAUACUUUAUUAGCUCUAAACUUGGUUAAAGGGCAAAGAGCACUUCUGACCUCAUGGGCAACUCAGCUGAAAUGCCAAGUGCCAUCCUAGGUCCUUUUUGUUUUCCUGUGUUCCCUGAAUGAUGUUUUGCUUGCCUGAGGUCCAUUGAGUCCCUGGGACGUGAGGCCUUUAAGAUCAAGGGCAAAUGUGCUCCUACUCACAGCACAAAUACUUCCUGCUGGAUUAGGACCAGGCAGCAUAAUUGAAUGAAGUUACUAUGCUUGGGAAAGCCUGAACAAAAGUCGGCCGCUCCCCUUCCUGGUAGCACUGGUGUUGGAGCUGUGUGUGGCUCUGUGUAUGUGUAUGUGUGUGUAUGUAUGUAUGUAUGUAUGUUUGGGGAGAAAUAGACAAGCUAUCUCCUCACUUCCAGCUUUUAAGGUAGUGUUGUAUCAGUGUAGCCUAAAUCUAAUAUGAAGGUGGGUGACAAGGAGGUUAGAUUUAUUGACCCAUUCCUAGGGUUCAGCCUGCCAUUCCUCAGGAGCCCUGUACACUGGAUCAUGUGAUUCUUAUUUAUGGAGGUAUGGUUUUAUGGAGAAGAAAUCCUCGUGUUUGGGGCUGAGAUUUUUUCAGACCGUCAUUAAGAUGCUGAGCUUUGAUACCUGUGAGAACAAAAAUAUAAAGGGGGGAAACAAAACCUAAAACUCCUACAAGAAAAGGCUUUGUCCUAAAGGGACACUUCUGUUGAGCAGCCCUAGCUUCUGAUUGGCUUUCUACUCUUUGAUGUCCUGACCUGAAUUCUUGGAGGAGAAAUGAUCCUUUGGAAUUAGACUGAUGGGCCUGGGAUAGGGAGAGGGAGGAAGGAAGAGGAGUGUUGACUCCAAGUUCAUUAUAAACUUUUGAACCUGAAACAAAGCCAUAGGAAUGACAGAAGUCCAGGAGCUUUGCAGAGAUCAGGACAUUGUAGUUCCCCUUGACCAUUUGUACAAGAUUGAGAGAUGGAAAAAUAAAGUGGAUGCUUUAAUGCACAAAUAUAAAUAAGUUGAGGAAAUGUGAAUUUGUAAUAUUUAUCCUGGAGGGCCAACCCAACUGUCUUGGUUAACCCAAUUGCCUGGCAGUCAGAUUAUGAAAGUUCAUUUUUUUAAAACAAGCACAAUUUUAAAAUAUUGUUCUAUAGAGAAAGUGGAAGCUUGUGGUAAAUCACAGAGCAGAAAACAGCAGCAUGUAAAGAAUUGUAUCCAUGGCUUCUCCAUAUAAAGGACUGGUGGUGUUCACUGACCCAUAACAAUGAACUUGUCAUCCUGAGGCUGGUUUAACCAGGCUCUAUAACUCUCAUUUCUUUCUCCGUGGCAGCCAGAUAACAUGCUGACCUGAUUUUCAUGCCCUCUCAGUUCCUGGAUGGGGACCAUGAACCGGGGUCAAGGCUGCGUGUAUGAAAAGUAUUAAAGCCAAUGGGAGGUCAAAAUGUCUUUGUGUGGUAAUGUAUUGUCCA